AUGACUCAAGAUAAAAAAAUAUCAGUUGCCUUUAUUUGUUUAGGUAACUAUUGCCGUUCUCCUAUGGCUGAAGCAGUAUUCCACCACACUGUUAAACAAAAUAAUGUAGAAGAUUGCUUCGAUGUAAUCGAUUCAUUUGCUACUAGUAAUUAUCAUGUUGGCAAUACACCAGACAGUCGUACUGUAUCGACCUGUAAGAAGUACGGUAUUCCUAUCGACCAUCGUGGUCAGCAAAUUAAGACCACUACAUUCGAUAAGUUCGAUUAUAUCAUUGGAAUGGAUGAAAUGAACAUGAAGAAUCUAAAAAAAAUUCAACCGAAGGGUUCAAAGGCUAAACUAUGCCUCUUUGGAGAAUGGAACACUGAUGGUAAAUUUGAUACUAUCGUCGAGGAUCCUUAUUAUGGUGGGGAUGAAGGUUUCGACUAUAAUAUGAAACAAAUCGCAUAUUUCAGUGAGCAAUUUUUAAAAAAAGAGCUAUAG